CAAAGCAAAUUGAUAGCAUGUGGAAGUCUUUUUCAGGGAGUUUGUACAUCACAUGAUGUAGAAAAUGUGACUUUAUAUGAAACUCCAGCUAAUGAAUCUGUAGUGGCAAAUAACUCAACUGCAUCCACUGUAGCAUUUAUUGCUCCUGGUCCAAAAAACUUAUCUCGUACUCAUGUUCUUUACGUUGGUGUAUCAUACACUGGAAAUGGACUUUACAGAUCUGAUAUACCAGCCGUCAGCAGUCGAAGUUUGGAUCCUGCAAACAUGUUUGCAAUUGCACAUACAGGUGUCACAACUGGAACUAAAAUUAUGAUUAAUAGCAUGUCGCGUGAAAGUUAUCCCAUUAAAUAUGUAUUUGGAUUUAACACAAAAGGAUUUUCAUAUUUUAUAACUGUACAAGGAAAACAGACAUCGUCUCCUAAACCUUUCAUUUCAAAACUGAUUCGCAUUUGUCAAAAUGAUGUACAUUAUUAUUCCUAUACAGAAGUACCUCUUGAAUGUCGAGCUGAUGACGGAACUCAUUAUAAUCUUGCUCAGGCAGGAUAUGUUGGUCAUCCUGGAUCAGAACUUGCUGUGAGUUUAGGUAUCACUGCCCAAGAUGAUGUUCUAUAUGUUGUUUUUGCAAAAUCUAAAAAUGACAGUGAUACCUACUUUAAACCUAGUGCCAAUUCUGCAUUGUGUGUUUAUGCAUUAUCUGCUAUCCAUCGAAAAUUUACUCAAAAUAUUCAAGAUUGUUUUAAUGGAGUUGGUCAACGAGGAUUGGAUUUCAUUAAUCCUAGUCAACCAUGUUCACAAACUCAAGUUCAAAUUAAAGAUGACUUUUGUGGACUAGAUGUCAAUACUCCAUUAGGAGGUACUAAUCCAGUUAAGGCGUCACCAGUUUUGCGCCUUUCUGGAGUUUUAUUGACAGCUGUAGCAGCAAUCUCUACGCACGAUUAUACAGUGGCAUUUUUGGGUACAUCAACGGGACAUUUGAAAAAGGCUGUGGUUGAAUCUGUGACUAGAGCAUUUGAAUACAGUGAUAUUGUAAUUGACGAAGGAAGUUCAGUUAAUCCUGAUAUGUUGUUUCAUAAAGACAAACAUAUCUACGUUAUGACUGAAAAUAGAGUAACAAUGAUGAAAGUGCAAGGAUGUCAUAUUUUUAAUACUUGCAAUGAAUGUCUUGGUGCCAAAGAUCCAUAUUGUGGAUGGUGCUCAUUAGAAAAUAAAUGUAGUUUACGUAGUGAUUGUGAAGAUGCUGCUCAAAAUGCAAAUUAUUGGCUAUCCUAUAAAAAUGGAAAAUGCACAACAAUAACUGAAGUUCAGCCACCACAAAUUCAACGCACAACUGCUCGAAUACUAACUUUAAUCAUUGAUAAUCUUCCUGUGUUAGAAGGUCAGUUCUUUUGUGCAUUUACAAUCAUGGGCAAAACAUUAACAACAAAUGCCACUAGAUCAACCAAUGGAAUUACUUGUGCAACUCCACACACAGAUUCUCUUCCAUCCAUUCCACCUGGUCAACAUCAUAUCACAGCUAAAUUAUCAGUAAGAAAAAGGAUAGGACCUGAAUUUGUUUCAACGAAUUUCACAUUUUAUGAUUGCAGCACGCAUACGUCUUGUACACAAUGUGUGUCAAGUCCCUUUCCUUGUGAUUGGUGUGUUCAAGGUCAUCGUUGUACACAUGACACUGGAGAAAAUUGUCGUAAUGACAUACUUGUGACUGGUGUAUCUAGUAUUGGUCCAAGUAUAAGAUCAGGUCCUGGAUUUUGCCCAAGAAUUAAUACAACAAAUGGAAGUUCACCUGUUAUUUUAGUACCAUCUGGUGAAAACAAAAGUAUUGAAGUUAAAGUAGAAAAUACACAGCCACUUCUUCUACAAACUACGUUUGUGUGUCAGUUUAACAUUGAAGGUCGUGUUCGACAAGUUCAUGCUCAAUUUAUUGGUGAAAACAUACAUUGUGAACCAAUGAUGUUUUCUUUUGGUACACAAUCACCAAAUGUAACUGCAUCAUUUGCUGUUAUUUGGGCUGGAUCAAAACCUUUAGAUAAUCCAGAAAAUAUUCGUGUAUUGGUAUAUAGAUGUGAAGGAAUGGCAACAAAUUGUGGAAUUUGUUUAGAAUUACAUUCUAAAUAUAAAUGUGGUUGGUGUUCUGAUGGUAUUGGAUCUUGUCGAGUUCGUGGACAAUGUAAUAGUUCUUUACUAUGGUUAGACAGUCAUCAGACUUGUCCUAAUCCUCAAAUUACUAAGUUUACACCGAUAUCAGGACCUUGGGAAGGUGGAACAAAUAUCACCAUCACAGGUAUUAAUUUGGGUCGCACAUUUGCAGACAUUAAUGGUGGUGUAAAGAUUGUUCAAGCUGAUGGAAAAGUAAUAGCAAAUUGUAUACCAUAUAAAGAACUGUAUGAAAAAACAACAACAAUUGUUUGCCAAGUUGAAAGUUUGCAUAAUGUAAGUUCUGGUCUACUUACUGGACAAAUAUCUGGUUAUGUUUUUGUUAAAGUUUUGAAUGAUUACAAAGCUCAGUCUAGGUUCAACUAUAGUUUUGUGAAUCCAAGGAUUGUUAAUAUUACUCCUUCUGCUGGUCCUAAAUCUGGUGGAACACAUUUACUUAUCUGGGGAAGACAUAUGGAUGCUGGCAGUAGUGUUGAAGCAAAUGUUGGUGGUUUGCCAUGUCAUAUCAUAAGAAGAGAACCAGAAGUAGCAGAAUGCAUUACAUCACCUGCUCAUAAUGUUAAGAAAGGUACCGUAAGAAUGAAAUUUGAUAAUGGAUUGAGAGUAUAUGAAAAAGAAUUUGAAUAUGUUGAUAAUCCUACCAUCUCUUCUAUUGAAUCUGGACCAAGUGGCCAAAGAGGCAUUCCCAAAGGCAUUCCAAGUGGUGGGAUAAUGAUAACAGUCAAAGGAACAAAUUUAAAUGCAGUUGUUGCACCUAAGAUGUAUGUAAUGUAUGAAGGUGAAGAAUAUAGAAGUGAAAGUAAUUGUAAAGUUGAAUCUCCAAAGGAAAUGAAAUGUGAAAGUCCUCCAAUACCUUAUGCUGUUAAGGAAGAUGAAAUUUUGGAACUUGAUUAUGGAUUUGAAAUGGAUAAUGUGGAACAAGUUAGAAACAUAAGUAGUAAACCUGAAUUUCCUAAAUUUCAAAUGUAUCCUGAUCCUAAAUAUGAACCAUUUAGUGAAAAAGAUCAUAUAAAAUAUUACAAAAGUGAUUAUUUGACAAUUAAUGGUAAAAAUUUGGAUCGUGCUUCUCAGGAAAUUGAUGUUAUUGUGCGUAUUGGAACUGAAUUUUGUAAUGUUACAUCAUUAUCACGUUCUCAGUUGACGUGUCGACCACCAACUUCACAGCCUCCAGCAAGAGGUUUAAAUGGCAGUCCUGAUAAUAAGAAGAUACCUUAUGUUAUAGUUGAAGUUGGAAGUAAACUCAAAUUUACCAUUGGUCAGUUGAGUUAUGAAAUUCCUGCUGGUCAAGAUAGCACUCUUUCUAAACCUGUUAUUAUUGGUGUAAUUGCUGGAGGAUGCAUUUUACUGUUAAUAGUCAUCUUAAUAUUGAUUGCAUAUCGUAGAAAAUCAACAGAAAGCAGCCGUGUUUUGAAAAACAUGCAAGAACAAAUGGAUGUUUUAGAAUUAAGAGUUGCUAGUGAAUGUAAAGAAGCAUUUGCUGAGCUACAAACAGAAAUGACAGAUUUGACAAGUGACUUAACAUCUGGUGGAAUUCCAUUUCUUGAUUAUCGAACUUAUGCAAUGAAAGUGUUAUUUCCUAAUUUUGAUAAUCAUCCUGUUUUGAAAGAAAUGCAGGUAAGAAUCAUAAUAAAAUUCAUCUUGAGUAAAAUAUUGCAGUUUGAUUACAUUAACUAUUGUAUUGGUUGGAUAUAUAAAAAAUGUGAAAUUGAUCUCGAGGAAACUCAAUUUGGAUUCAGAAAUGCUUUUGGAACAAGAGAAGCGUUGUUUAGUAUCAACGUCCUUCUCCAGAGAUGUCGUGAACAACAAAAAGACAUAUUUGCUUGUUUCAUCGACUAUGAAAAGGCUUUCGAUAGUGUGAAACACUCCAAAUUAAUAGAGAUCUUACACCAAGUUCAAUUAGAUGGCAAGGACAUCAGAAUAAUUCAAAAUUUAUACUGGGGUCAAACAGCAGAAGUCAAAUGUGGGAUAAUGAUAACAGUCAAAGGAACAAAUUUAAAUGCAGUUGUUGCACCUAAGAUGUAUGUAAUGUAUGAAGGUGAAGAAUAUAGAAGUGAAAGUAAUUGUAAAGUUGAAUCUCCAAAGGAAAUGAAAUGUGAAAGUCCUCCAAUACCUUAUGCUGUUAAGGAAGAUGAAAUUUUGGAACUUGAUUAUGGAUUUGAAAUGGAUAAUGUGGAACAAGUUAGAAACAUAAGUAGUAAACCUGAAUUUCCUAAAUUUCAAAUGUAUCCUGAUCCUAAAUAUGAACCAUUUAGUGAAAAAGAUCAUAUAAAAUAUUACAAAAGUGAUUAUUUGACAAUUAAUGGUAAAAAUUUGGAUCGUGCUUCUCAGGAAAUUGAUGUUAUUGUGCGUAUUGGAACUGAAUUUUGUAAUGUUACAUCAUUAUCACGUUCUCAGUUGACGUGUCGACCACCAACUUCACAGCCUCCAGCAAGAGGUUUAAAUGGCAGUCCUGAUAAUAAGAAGAUACCUUAUGUUAUAGUUGAAGUUGGAAGUAAACUCAAAUUUACCAUUGGUCAGUUGAGUUAUGAAAUUCCUGCUGGUCAAGAUAGCACUCUUUCUAAACCUGUUAUUAUUGGUGUAAUUGCUGGAGGAUGCAUUUUACUGUUAAUAGUCAUCUUAAUAUUGAUUGCAUAUCGUAGAAAAUCAACAGAAAGCAGCCGUGUUUUGAAAAACAUGCAAGAACAAAUGGAUGUUUUAGAAUUAAGAGUUGCUAGUGAAUGUAAAGAAGCAUUUGCUGAGCUACAAACAGAAAUGACAGAUUUGACAAGUGACUUAACAUCUGGUGGAAUUCCAUUUCUUGAUUAUCGAACUUAUGCAAUGAAAGUGUUAUUUCCUAAUUUUGAUAAUCAUCCUGUUUUGAAAGAAAUGCAGUUGGAUCCAUUAAAAAAACCUUAUAUUGAGAAAGGACUUAGAGUUUUUGGCCAGUUGAUCAUGAAUAAGACUUUUCUUUUGCUAUUUAUAAGAACAUUAGAAUCCAAUCGAUAUUUUUCUAUGAGAGACAGUAUUUUGAAGACAUUGCUGGCUGAAUUAAUAGAAAAAUGUAUUGAAGGAAAGAGUCAUCCAAAGUUGUUAUUGAGGAGUAUUUUGAAGACAUUGCUGGCUGAAUUAAUAGAAAAAUGUAUUGAAGGAAAGAGUCAUCCAAAGUUGUUAUUGAGGAGGACUGAAUCUGUUGCUGAAAAAAUGUUAUCUUCAUGGUUUACUUUCCUUUUGUACAAGUUUUUAAAGGAAUGUGCAGGUGAUCCAUUGUUUAUGUUAUAUAGAGCAAUCAAACAACAAGUAGAUAAAGGACCAGUUGAUUCUAUUACCAGUGAAGCACGUUAUUCAUUAUCAGAAGAAAAAUUAAUUAGACAAUCAAUUGAAUAUAAAAGCAUGAUUGUAUUUGUAUCAAUGUCACCACAGACAGCAUACAUGUCUGGUUUAGAACUUCCAGGAGAAAAUAUUGAAACUCCUGUGAAAGUUUUAGAUUGUGAUACUCUAUCUCAAGUUAAAGAGAAAGCUUUAGAUGCUAUAUAUCGAAAUACUCCUUUUUCUCAAAGACCAAGUAAAGAAGGAUUGGACUUAGAAACAUUACCAUUUUCUCUGAAAACCAGUCCACCUCAUAGUAGAGCAACAUCACCUCUUAAUCAUGAUCAUCAUGAUGGUUAUAAAUUUUGGCAUCUGGUUAAGCAUGAUAUGGAACCAUCAAAAGAAGGUGAAAGAGGAAAUAAGAUGGUUUCAGAAAUAUAUCUUACACGUCUUCUUGCAACUAAGGGAACUCUUCAAAAGUUUGUUGAUGAUCUGUUUGAAACAAUAUUUUCAAUAGCUCAUCGUGGAAGUGCUUUGCCAUUAGCUAUAAAGUAUAUGUUUGAUUUUUUGGAUGAUCAAGCAUUACAGCAUGGAAUUACAGAUCCUGAAGUUGUGCACACGUGGAAAUCAAACAGUUUACCUCUUCGAUUUUGGGUUAACCUUAUCAAAAAUCCAAAUUUUGUAUUUGAUAUCAACAAAUCAAAUAUUGUUGAUUCUUGUUUAUCUGUUGUGGCACAGACUUUUAUGGAUGCUUGUUCUACAUCAGAUCACAGGCUAGGAAAAGAUUCACCAAGCAGUAAAUUGCUUUAUGCUAAGGAUAUUCCAGUAUAUAAAGAUUGGGUAGAAAGAUAUUAUCAAGAUAUAAAAAUAAUGUGUGCCAUAAGUGAUCAAGAUAUGAAUGCUAUGUUGGCUGAAGAAUCUAGAUUUCUUAAUAUGUGGAGUAGUAAGUUAAUCUUAAUGAAUUUUAACAUUUCAGAAACAUUACCAUUUUCUCUGAAAACCAGUCCACCUCAUAGUAGAGCAACAUCACCUCUUAAUCAUGAUCAUCAUGAUGGUUAUAAAUUUUGGCAUCUGGUUAAGCAUGAUAUGGAACCAUCAAAAGAAGGUGAAAGAGGAAAUAAGAUGGUUUCAGAAAUAUAUCUUACACGUCUUCUUGCAACUAAGGGAACUCUUCAAAAGUUUGUUGAUGAUCUGUUUGAAACAAUAUUUUCAAUAGCUCAUCGUGGAAGUGCUUUGCCAUUAGCUAUAAAGUAUAUGUUUGAUUUUUUGGAUGAUCAAGCAUUACAGCAUGGAAUUACAGAUCCUGAAGUUGUGCACACGUGGAAAUCAAACAGUUUACCUCUUCGAUUUUGGGUUAACCUUAUCAAAAAUCCAAAUUUUGUAUUUGAUAUCAACAAAUCAAAUAUUGUUGAUUCUUGUUUAUCUGUUGUGGCACAGACUUUUAUGGAUGCUUGUUCUACAUCAGAUCACAGGCUAGGAAAAGAUUCACCAAGCAGUAAAUUGCUUUAUGCUAAGGAUAUUCCAGUAUAUAAAGAUUGGGUAGAAAGAUAUUAUCAAGAUAUAAAAAUAAUGUGUGCCAUAAGUGAUCAAGAUAUGAAUGCUAUGUUGGCUGAAGAAUCUAGACUCCAUGCACAUGAAUUCAACACAAAUGUUGCUCUUUAUGAUUUGUACAGUUAUGCCAUUAAAUAUAAUGAUCAGCUUAUGCUAAUUCUUGAAGAAGACGAGUUUUCUCGAAAGAAUAAAUUGGCAAGGAAAUUAGAACAAGUACAUUCGAUUAUGUCAGGAGAAUCGGAAGCAUGACAUUCCAAUGAAAUUCAUCCAUAUAAUUAUAUCCAUCCAUUUUAGUCCUUGUGGACUAUCAAUAUCAGUUCUUGAAUGAACUCUUCCCAAAGGACAAUCAUUAUGUUCCAAUUUUAGCAAGAUCAAAUAUCAGGAAAAUGUAUAGCAAGCUGUUGUUUUUAUAUUUUAGAUUUUUCAUUUUUGUAGAUUUUAUUUUGAUUAUUAUUAUUAUUACUAUUAUAAUUGUUGUUGAUAGAAAUUUUUGAAUGCCCAUCUCCCAAAUACAUCAUUUUUAUAACUUACAAAAAAUUUUUUUUUGUAUUGUUCAGAUUUGAAAAUCAUGAUAUCAUAAUUUUUAAUUACUCUGUUCGGGAGGUAAGCACAGUCAGUGCCUUGAGACGCUAUGAUACUUCCCAUGGUUCCUUGUUACUAUGUAACAGUAGUGAUCAUAACAAAUACACGGACAAAAUUACAUUUUAGUACAACGGAACGGUGGCACAUUAUGUUGCCGUCACAAUAUCUCCCCCUUUUUAAUUUCUUGGCAGUCUCCCACAGUGUAUCUUGACGUGUGAAAAAAAUGAUGAUUUGACGCACUGUGAUAAAUGUCUGUACAAAAAAAAAAAACAAAUAAUAAUAAUAAUAAAGCCGGCAUCGAGACUUUGCUCUUUACAUGGAUAUGCACUGCCAUAGAUGUGGAUGUCGAGGCAGACAUUCUCGAAAAUGCCUUGAAUGCACAAUCCUAUUUGCCAAUAUUUGUAAUAAUCGCUGUCUGAUCGUGGAAUACAGUCAAUAAUUUGUAUAUUUUAAUGUGUGAGAAAAUUAUUUGCAAUAAUAAUGUACCGGUAACUUUUAUUAAUUAUUCGUGCUUUCUACAUAAAUGAAAUUAUAUAUAUAUAUAAAUAUGUGUAUACAUAUUCUUACUGUGUAUACAGUGAAAUCGGAGCAAUACAACUGAUAAAUUUAUCUCCGGUUACAAAUCAGAAAAAAAAAAUCGAAAAGGUGUAUAUUUCAAACGAUGUCACAAUUACUUUACAAUUUUUGCAAAAUAUAUCCUGGUAUUUGUAUUUUUGUUGUAAUAAAUGUGAAGGGACUGUAUUCCAAAAUUUCUGAACUCAAAUUAUGAAUUAAGAAAAAAGGAAAAAGUUCAUCUGAAUGUUUUAGUACUGAGAGUAUUAUGGUGUACAUGUGGGUUCUGAUGUUUUAGCCCAAUGGUGUAUAGAAUUUUGUGUGUUUGGGCGUAUUUUCCAAUUGUCAAAAACAAAAAAAAACAAACUUUUUUGUACGAUCUGACUUUGUAAAAUAUUCAUAGCAUAUUUUUAUUAUGAUAUUGAUUUAGAAAUUCUGUACCUUGCUCAAAUGAUUUCUUGCAUUAAAAAUGCUAUAUUAAAAAAA